CCGGAAUUCAAUGACGGUUGACGUGGUCCAAGAAGUUUCCUACAAGCUCUCUUAGAAGAAACUUGAUCAGUACUUAAUGAUUCGAGAAUGCAUUUUGUACUAAUUUACAUAGACCUCUCUGACAAGUUUUUCACACAUCCAGAUACUUACUUGUGUACAAACGUGAUCAAUUGCUACAGAUCAAGGAGGCUUCUUGACCGAAUUCUGCUUCAAUUCUGUUCCCAACCAUUUGGAACACUUGUAGACCAGCCUAGAGAUGUUUUGUCGCGCCUCAUUCAAAUCUCUCAAAACAUUGUUCACGAUUAGAUGUAACGCGAUGUCUUCAUCUCACAAGUCUUGGAAUUCAAUAUAUGAAUUCACUGUUAAGGAUAUCAAUGGUGUGGAUGUCUCCUUAGAGAAAUACCGUGGUCACGUUUGUCUAAUUGUUAAUGUCGCUUGUAAGUGAGGCGCAACGGACAAGAACUAUCGCCAACUCCAGGAGAUGCACACUCGACUGGUUGGCAAAGGCCUCUGUAUAUUAGCAUUCCCCUGCAAUCAAUUCGGUGGACAGGAACCCUGGACAGAAGCGGAGAUUAAGAAGUUCGUGACUGAGAAGUACGGCGUCCAAUUCGAUAUGUUUUCUAAGAUAAAAGUCAAUGGGUCUGACGCUGAUGAUCUUUAUAAAUUCCUCAAAAGUAGACUACAUGGUACCCUAACAAAUGAUAUUAAGUGGAACUUUUCAAAAUUUCUUGUAGAUCGUCAAGGCCAACCGGUUAAAAGAUAUUCUCCUACAACUGCCCCAUAUGUGAGUUGUUGAAUUUGCAAUAUUUUGAUUUUAUUAUCAGUUCCGACUGUCUAAAUAGAUAGAAGUAACUUAAGAUAAAUUAGAAAAAUCAGAAAUCUAUCCUAUACACCUAGAUUUUUUGCUGAGUUAUUGAAAUAUUUUGUCGUGCUAUUCCUUAAGUAUGUAACUUGUGGUCACUUAAUCGAUGCGUUAACUUCCGUCUAAUGAUAUGUAGACGUAAAACUUGGUUCAUAAACAAAUCACUCAAGGUCACCAUGUAAUGUACAUCACAAGAAAUCAGUGUUGAAACACGUUCAAACAAACACUAGUAACGUAUACUAACAUCAGAAAUUGAGGAGCAAAAUCUUCACAAUUGAAAAUUAGUUAUUGCCUCCGCUUGGUUGAUCGCAAACAAUGUCGUUAGGCCACGUGACGUAACUUAUAGUCUCUGUGUUUUUGAUGUUGUUAUUAAGAAAGUUUACUGAUCUGAACAUUUAGCCGGAUAUUGAAGGAGAUAUCAUGGAGCUUUUGGAGAAGAAGUGAUCAAUGGAACUUUUGAGCUUUGAACAAAUUCUCGCUGUAUGACGAUGGCAAUCUCAAAUGUUCAUUGGUUGCCAUUUGAUGAAAUCAGUUUUGUGUGCACCUGAUUGCAGAAUUUUGUUUACCUUGCUCAUUUUUUUCAUUGAAACCACUUCUCAGAAUAAAUGUGUUAUCUAUAAUUGAAUGACUUGUACUUCACUGGACUUGCUUAGGAGUUAACUGAAAUACUUCUCAUCGUGAUUACCAACCAAUUUAAUUUCAGAAGUGAACACUA